AUGCCGGCCUUCUGCGGGGAGCGCUUCGUGCGGCUGCUGCUGCUGCUCGCGCUGUGCGCGCCGGGCGGCAGCCCCGCAGAUCUACCCAUGACAACACAAGAUGCCAGCCAAACGAAGGCAAACUUGUUGACUCAGAUGCCAACUGGACAUAAUGAAUCAUCUCCUGAGCCUGUGGCAACUACACGAAUUGUCAAUCGGCAAACUCGGGAGAGCAUUUCAGAUUACUCAUCAGUUGGACAUGGUGUAUCUACAUCUGGUCCAGAUCUGACCACACAAGACUUUAAGCAGGCCACUGAAGAGAAGUCAUCUAAUUUCACUUACGCAGUGUAUGAAAUAAUCCUAUCUGGUGUUUCCAGUACUUCUGUAGAAAAAAAUAUUACUUUGGACAGUCCAGCAAAAGUUGAGCUUUCAUGCAGCCUGGCCAGGAAAUACCCUCAUUUGAAAAUUGUUCAGGUGGAUUGGAAGAGGGGAAAUGAAACAAUCAAGCACAUCAAUAAAAGCGAAAAUAGCUGGAGCAUCCAACUGACAGUCACAGAUGAAAAUGAACUGGGAAGUUACAGUUGUAUUCUUAAAAGUGAAGAAGAAUUCAAAGCUGUGUUCCAUUUACAAGUACCAAAAAUUGAAGGAAAAGAAAAACCCAUAAUCAGUUACGAAGGAGAUUCAGUUGUAAUGAUAUGUAAAAGUUCCAAUUACACUCCCAUCACUUGGACCUGGUACCUGACCAAUGGAAGCAAACAGAUUACCAUUAAUGAUUCUUUGCUGUCAGACAAAUAUAUAAUCGAUCAAGUACCUGGCAACACAACCCAUCUCAAGAUACUGAAGCUCAACAAGAAAGAUGAUGGUGCAUAUUGGUGUGAAGCUGUUUUUAAGCUAGGAAAAAGUAAAGGAAAGCUGAAUCUUAAAGUUCUGACCUUCAUGGUGCCACUCAAACCAUUUCUAGCAAUACUGGCUGAAGUUAUUAUUUUAGUAGCUGUUAUUUUCCUGUAUGAGAUGUAUUCAAAAAAGAAAGAGAAACACACAGAAGAUGAAAAAGAAUUUGAACAAGUGGAGCAACUUAAAUCAGAAGAAAGCAAUGGUGUGGAAAGCAGUAGCACUAGGCACAGGAAAGUAUAAAUCCCUUCCUAAAAGAAGGAGAUUUAAGCCAACAGAAGUGGAAUGCUGUGUAACCAUUACAAGCUACAGAAGAUGUAUGCAGCUAUGCAUUUUAAACAUCCACUGUGCGUCUACAUAAACAUCUCUAUACUUGUGAGAAAUAAGAUGCUUUUAAACUACCUGUGAAACUACUCAUUUUAUACAGACAAUAUUGUACUCUGAUAUAUUGCAUUUAGACCUUUGCUGUCUAUGAUAUCAAUGUUUGGCCUUUUACUACUAAAAGACAAUCUUUAUGCAACCAUACUUCCGGUUAUUUUAUGACUGAUCUGUUUGAUUUUUGUGCCCUAAAUUGGGACUAAUUUUGCAUUCACCAAAUAGACAGGUAAUGCAGAAUGGGUCCGUUAUCUGAAAGUGAAUAUUGAAGAUGUUAUAAAGCUGGAUUCGUAACAUCAGAAAACUAUUUCCACCAAAGAAAAUGCCUUUUACUAGCAGAUUAGACAAAUGUGACACACACUCAUUUUUUUUAACCAAAGAAUAGGUCGAAGGGAAAUCUUUAUCAAUAUUUAAA